AGCAUGUUCUGUUGGCCCGAAUAAUAUGGUCAAUGGAAGGUGCUACUUCAGCCGCUAUGUCCAAUUUAUUGCCACCCUUGUGCAGUCUAUGUCUCGGGAGCAGAAUGAUAGGGUGACCGCAACUCCUUUUGGACAUAUGCUAAGUUUGCCCUAUAUCAAGCAGAGUAGGCCUGUCCUAGACACUUUGCUCUCUUUUUGGGAUGAUGUCGACGAAGGUUUUUGGUUUGGUAAAGUUUUAGUGCCUUUUUUAGGGAGUGAGUUUGCACUCAUCCUUGGUUUGAGUGCCACGGGUGAUGAAGUAGAAUUGUAUAGAGAGGGGAGGGUUACUUCUGACCUUAUCAUCCGUUUUUUUGAUGGUGACCACAAAAAGGCCGGUAGGGAUGCAAUAGAAAAUAGAUUACAAUUACUAGUUGGAAAGAGAGGACGACAAGAUGUAGAGGAUUUUACCAAAUUAUGGGUUUUAUACCUCUUUGUCACUAUUCUGUUUCCAACUGUACACUACAAUGUUCCAAAGGCAUUAUGUUCAUAUAUUGAUGAUUUAGGGCGGUUAGGUUCAUAUAGUUGGGGUCUUGCCGUUUUUGCUUUUAUUCGGCAGCAGAUACCUACUAUAUCCGAGAGUGUCAGGAGAAGGAACAUCAGCGGGAAUGGAUCUGGUGGAUAUAUGGAUGGAUGCACGGUGGCUUUGGUGGUAUGGGCUGUUGAGCAUUCGAAUAUCCUUUUAGGCAGCCACCGGCCACCGUUUAUGUAUCCACGUCUGUUGCGUUGGAGCAAUGCCAAAUUUCCUCGCAAGGUGAUCGAGAAGCUAGAGCCUAGAGAGGAGGAGUUGCACCUUCUCUCGCGAGGAAGGCCACUAUUAGAAGCUCCGAAAGAGAUAAGUCAGUUUCCAUCAUCCAGCCAGAGUGAAGGACCUACAUUGGAAAGCUUACAUACCCGCUUAAAAGUGGCUGAGAGGUAUUUCUUUUUGGUUGAUAAGAGGGUGUCCAGAAUUGAGAAGGUCCUCCGAGAUAAUGGUCUCUUAGUGGAUGACGAAAAUGUUAAGCAUGAUACAGAUUUUACCGAGGUGAGUGAAGAGCAUACUGCAGUUGAAGCUAAGGACAAAGGUGUAGUGGAGAAAGAUGAGAUUCAGGAUAGUGCAGAUGAGGUGGAGGUAUGUAAUUAUUUGAUUUUGAUAAAAAUUUUUUUUAUCAUUAUACUAUCUUGUUUAUUAGAUGAAAUGCAUAUUGUUAUCAGGUUAUUUGGCCCACUGAUGUUGAGGGUGAGAAAAAAGGUGGACCUAUCUCCAUGA